GAAUCGUUUGUAGAUUUUUAUCUUGUCAUCGAUUUUGAAGCUACAACCAAAUCAAAGUAUCGAGACUACCAUUUACCAGAAAUUAUUGAAUUCCCAGCCUUACUAAUUGACGCUAGCACGCUAGAAGUUUUCAGCGAAUUUCAUUCGUAUGUUCGACCUACGAUCAAUCGAACUUUAAGUAAAUUCUGUAAGCGACUGACUGGAAUAUCUCAGGCAAUGGUCGAUAAAGCUAGUGACUUUGCAACAGUACAUCAUCUUUUUCUCAAUUGGCUAUGCAACGCUACCAGUAAUAGAAAUAAUUUCUCAAUGGUCACCAGUUCAUGUAAGGGUACGAUCGAGCUAUUUUUGACGCAAUGUAGAAGGGAAAAAGUAGCAAUACCUCUAUGGAUUGAACAUUGGAUAGAUUUGCCUAUUAUUUUCCGGAAAUGUUAUGGUUAUCAUCGUUUUCCAACUAUUUCAGACAUGUUACAUAAAUUUCAGAUAGCGUAUGAGGGCCGUUUUCUUCAUGGUUUCCAGCGCGCCGAAAACUUAGCAGCUAUUUUGUGUGGUAUGUUACAAGAUGGCUGC